AUGAGGCUGUGCCAAGUGCUGCCGUUGCUGCUGCUGGGGCUGGCCAGAGCCACCACGCCGGGGCCGAAUGGAUCCACACUGGGAUCGGCUGGAUCCAUCCCAGCCUAUCCAUCCCAGCCCAUCCCAUCCCUGCCAGGACUCUGGACCGUGAGCUAUGAGGAUGCCGUCUCGGCAGCCGUGGACCUGCUCAACACAAGGGUCGUCACUCCCUAUGUCCUGCGGCUCCGGGAGGCGCAGCCCCAGCCUGGCUGGCCCGGUGACCUGCAGCGCCGGCAGGAGCUGAGCUUCACCGUGGAGGAGACCUCGUGCCGGGCGCCGGGGAUGGCCACUGCCGCCUGCAAGAGCCGCUGGUUCGGGGCAGUAAGCUGGUGCCGGGGCUACGCCUUCCUGGAGCAGCAGCAGCCCGUGGUGGAGCUGUCCUGCGAGAAGAUGCCCAUCAAGCUCGGCCUGAUCCGGAAAUCCGGGGUCAAGGACCUUUUUGGCAGGAUCAAGGAGCGUUUCAAGGGCUUCUUCCAGUGCAGCAAGAUCUGGAUCCGCGACAAACUGAACCUGAAAAAACCCAAAUCCUGAGCGGGUGACACCGCGUCCUCCCUACGCUGUGCCCCCCACCCGGGCGCUCCGCUUCCAAUAAACAUCCCUGCAAUGA